GUGACUGUGAGGCCAUCGACGUAGUUUGAAAUCGUCUGCUCCAACUGGCUUCUCUGUUGCCACCCUUUGGAAUAUUCUCAAGGGUAAAUUUGUGUUUCGGUUUUACCCUUUUGGGUUGAGAGACUGAGGAAUCAUUUUUUGACUUCUCAAAAAUGGUGCAAGGUGUGUCACUGAGCACUUUGGCGACCUGUGGAAAAAGCAGGUUCUGUGGAUCAUCACCAUUUUUUAUGGCACCCUUUGAGCCUUUUAAGAGAUCCCAGAUUGCCUCUGCCACUGGCAGAAGCUUGGUUUGGAAUCAGUGUGUGCAAAGCUUGUUCUUAAUUGGGUAUCCUUAUGUUUCAAGGCAGAGUGAUUUUAAGGCUGAGGCAGCAUGGAUGUUUAGAGGGGGAGAACAAGGGUUGGAUGCAAGUGCAGAGCACAGUGAAAGUGCUAAUGAGGAUAUCUUGAUGUUCUUCUUUCAGCUAGACUUAGCCACAAGAGUACAGUAUGCUUUAAAUAUGGAGCAGUAUGACAUUGCACAGCAGCUGAGAAACAAACUUACUGAGGUCGAAGAAGAGGUAAUCAAGCAAAAACAAUCAAAAAGGGGCUUGUCUUCAAAAAGUGAAGCUCAAGAUAAAGCUCUAAGCAUUAUACGUCUUCGUUCAGACCUCCAGAAUGCUAUUGAGAAUGAGGAUUAUGCAUUGGCUGCUGAAUUACGUGAUGAAAUUUCCAAACUUGAAGCAGAGUCUCUAGCUGCAUCAGCUAAAGCUUUGGCACAUGAAAAUGCAAAAUAUGCAUUCCGCUUAGGGCAGAGAGUGAGACAUAAAAAAUUUGGCUAUAAAGCUGUGAUCUGUGGAAUGGAUCCAGUAUGCUGUGAAUCAAGUUCAUGGAUGGAAAAUGCACAGGUUAAGAAAUUGUCUCGAGGUUCCACUCAACCAUUUUAUCAGGUUCUCAUUGACGUACAUGCUGAACCAAAUCUAUUGGUGGCUUAUGUUCCAGAGGAGAAUCUCUUAAAAGAUGACAAACCAGACAUGGGAAGGUUUGAUCAUCCCUACAUCUCUUUUUUAUUCUAUGGAAUGGAUUCAGCUGGAGAUUUCAUCCCAAUUAAGCAACUACGAGAGAAAUACAAUAGACCACGGCAUGAAAUACCCCUUGAUCCACCAAAUGAUGAAGAUGGAGGAAAAGCUUAAAUUACUGAUGCUUUGCAGGAAACUUAAUGACAGGAAAGCAUUCGUAGUGUUGCUUGUACAAAUGAUAUGACACUUUUUCUUUGUGGUCACUCACAUUAAUAUUGUGUUGCAAAACUUUUCAUUUUCCAUUCCUUAAUCGGCAGUGAAGAUGCUUCCCGCUCAUUUUCUUCAGUCUCAUAUGUUCAACCAUUUGCAACCGAAACACACAGAAAAAGAGAUGCCACUGUACAUGCCAUUGUUCAGAUCAUGUUCAACCAUAAGAACACUCACCCAGCUUCAUGCCCACCUCGUUGUCAAUGGCCUCCACAACGAUCCACUUGCCUCUACAAAGCUUCUUGAUUCCUACGCCCAAAUGGGUUCUCUCCAUUCAUCAAGACUUGUUUUUUAUGCACACCCAUUUCCUGAUUCCUUCAUGUUGGGGGUUCUCAUCAAGUGUUACCUCUGGAACCACUUGUUUCACCAAGUGCUUUCGCUUUACCAUCACUACUUUCAAAUGGGUUCCCACCUCACCAAAAACUGUAGCUUUAUAUACCCUUCUGUUUUGAGAGCUACUUCUGGUGUUGGUGACUUGGUUAUGGGCAGAAAAGUGCAUGGUAGGAUAGUUAAGUCUGGGUUUAGCUCUGAUCAUAUUAUUGGAACUUCGUUGCUUGGAAUGUAUGGGGGAUUGUGCUGUUUAGAUGAUGCUCGGAAGGUGUUUGAUGGAAUGUGUGAGAGAGAUUUGGUUUCUUGGAGUUCUGUUGUAUCUUGUUAUGUUGAGAAUGGGCGACCGAGUGAAGGAUUGGAGAUGUUGGGUUGGAUGGUCUCUGAGGGAAUUAGACCUGACUCGGUUACGUUGCUAAGUGUGGCCGAGGCUUCUGCCAAAGUUGGUAGCUUGAGUUUAGCAAAAUCUGUCCAUGGAUAUGUGAUUAGGAAUGGGAUGGUUGGUGAUUUGAGUUUGAGGAAUUCUCUUAUUGUUAUGUACAGCCAGUGUGGAGACGUCUGUAGAGCAGAAGGGGUCUUUGAAAGCCUCGCUGAUCGAAGUACUGCAUGUUGGACUUCUAUGAUUUCGUCAUAUAAUCAAAACGGGUGCUUUGAUGAAGCAAUAGAUGCUUUUGUUCAGAUGCAGGAAUCAGAAGUAGAACCUAAUGCAGUGACAAUGAUUAGUGUUCUGUAUUGUUGUGCUAGGGUAGGUUGGUUAAGAGAGGGGAAGUCGGUUCAUUGCUUUAUUUUAAGGAAAGAAAUGGAUGCCACUGAUAUUGAUCUGGUACCUGCACUGAUAGAUUUUUAUGCUGCAUGUUGGAAAAUAAGCAGUUGUGAAAAACUUCUUCAUUUGAUGGGAAACAGCAAUGUUGUAUCAUGGAACACACUUGUAUCAUUUUAUGCUCGGGAGAGUUUAAAUGAGGAGGCCAUGACACUCUUUGCUCGUAUGUUGGCAAAGGGGAUAAUGCCAGACUCAUAUAGCUUAGCAAGUACUAUUUCAGCGAGUGCGAAUGCUGGUUCAAUACAAUUUGGACAGAAGAUACAUGGUCAUGUCAUGAAAAGAGGCUUCAUGGACGAAUUUGUUCAGAACUCCUUGAUGGAUAUGUAUUCAAAAUGUGGCUUUGUAGAUUUGGCAUACACAAUUUUUGACAAAAUGAUGCACAAAAGCAUUGUGGCAUGGAACUGUAUGAUUUGUGGGUUUUCUCAAAAUGGCAUAUCAGUAGAAGCACUCAAGCUAUUUGAUGAGAUGUACUUCAAUUGUCUUGACAUCAAUGAAGUAACCUUCUUAAGUGCGAUUCAAGCUUGCUCAAAUUCAGGUUAUCUUGAGAAGGGAAAAUGGGUUCACCAUAAGAUCAUUGUAUCUGGCAUGCAGAAGGAUCCUUAUAUUGAUACAGCUCUGGUUGACAUGUACGCCAAGUGUGGAGACCUUAAAACGGCACAAGGCGUCUUUGAUAGCAUGCCUGAGAAAAGUAUAGUGUCAUGGAGUGUCAUGAUUGCUGCUUAUGGCAUACAUGGUCAAAUAAUUGCUGCCACCACCCUCUUCACUAAAAUGGUAGAGUCGGAUAUUAAACCAAAUGAAGUAACCUUCAUGAAUAUCUUAUCUGCAUGUAGGCAUGCUGGAUCAGUGGAGGAAGGGAAGUUAUAUUUUAACUCAAUGAGGGAUUAUGGCAUAGUGCCCAAUGCAGAACAUUUUGCCUCUAUAGUUGACCUUCUAAGCCGCGCCGGCGAUAUCAACGGGGCAUAUGAAAUAAUUAAGUCCACAUACAUGCCUGUAGAUGCUAGCAUUUGGGGCGCUCUACUGAAUGGAUGUCGCAUACAUGGGAGGAUAGACUUGAUUAAGAACAUUGAAAAAGAACUUGGAGAAAUAAGUACAGAUGAUACAGGGUACUACACGUUGUUAUCUAACAUAUAUACUGAAGGUGGAAACUGGUAUGAAUCCAGAAAGGUGAGAUCAAGAAUGGAAGGAAUGGGCCUAAAGAAGGUCCCUGGGUACAGUACAAUUGAGAUAGGUAGGAAAAUCUACAGAUUUGGAUCUGGAGAUACUUCUGAAUGGCAAAUGAAUGAAAUUUAUAAAUUUUUGGAAAAUUUUCACAGUAUAGCACAGGAACAAGGAUGUGAUGUAGAAUGCUAUGGUGCAAUGUAUGGUACUAGUAUGUUUUUUGAGGAUUAUAGUUGUUAUAACUUGCAGACAGAAACUAACCAUUGCAUUUGGAAUAAAUCAGUCCCAUUUUAG